AUGAAUCAGAUUCUACGCCUCUUCCUCUUGCUCACCCUCACCUCCGCAUUCGCCGCCGCAGCUCAGACGCCCACCGCCGCCUGCUCCGACAGGCUCGUCACAUUCUCCACGUGUCUCCCUUACGUUGCCGUCGCCCCCAAUAAUCUCACCACCUCACCACCGCCGUCUUGCUGCAACGAAGUUUCCGCCGCUUUCGGCGAUGGUUCCGCCGUCUGCCUCUGCUACAUUGUCCGACGGCCUGAUUUUCUCGGAUUUCCCCUCAAUUCCACCAAGCUGAUGUCUCUCAUGUCUGUUUGCCCACUGAAGGAUCGGAAUUCUACGGCGAGUUUCUCUCUCAAAAAGCUCUGUUCGAAGACAGUGGCUUUGCCUCCUCUUGGAAGCAUAACAGGUCCGAAAAACCCAGAACCUCUACACUUUGGUGCUAUUAGUGCUCCACCAUCUCUUUCAAGGGGACCAACUGAAGAAUCAAUUGGCAGCUCAUCACCUAAAGAUCCAGCAGCAGAUAAAGUGCCUUCUCAACCAAGACAAAGUUUACUCCCACAGCACAUCCUUCUGUUCGAAGAAGUCUUCUGGGCUUUGCCCACAGGCACGUCAAGGCCCCAGUCCAGGGCCCUCCCUCUUAUCUCCUUCCUUGUACCAUCUCCCAUUAGAUUGCUGAAAGUCAUUCUUCGUGUCAUAGCUCUGGUGAUCAUGUUCUUCCAGGCCCCACCCAAUUCCCAUCCGACAGCGGAAACUUUCUCUCCCCAUCGUAGCCCAUGUAGUAGUGUGCCUCAGUUUGAUCUAAGCUCACAGGUUCUUCAACACUAA